CUGAGUCUCCCUCACGUGACGCAGCGUGAUGACGUAAUGUUUACGGAAGUGUUUGUCCGGGCGGGAUGGAGCAGAGACACCGGCAGAUCCUGCAGCGGAACCGGGUCCGGCUCGUCACCUCCCUGCAGCCGGGGGAUGUGUGUGACCGCCUGCUGGAGGAGGGAGUGUUCACCGGGGACAUGAUCGAGGAGAUCCGGAUUGCGGGGACGCGGAGGGAUCAGGCUCGUCAGCUGCUCAUUGACCUGGAGACCCGCGGCAGUGACGCCUUCCACCUCUUCCUGAAGUGUCUCCGGGACGCCGGGCAGAACGACCUCGCCGACCUCCUGCAGGACGGUGGGGGGAGGCGGGAGAUGACAAAACCGGCCGCACAAUCCCCGACACCCGUUUACCGGAUACCAGAGGACAAACGUCCUGACGAUCAGAAGUGUAAACCACUGGACAUGGAGACGGAUUACCCCAUGAACUUUGACCCCUGCGGCCAUUGUCUGAUCAUCAAUAACAUGGAGUUCUCUGAGCCGUCCGGUCUGUCCUACAGAACCGGCUCCGACAUCGACCGCGAGAAGCUGGAGAGACGAAUGCGCUCGUAUCGUUUCGAGGUGACGGUGAAGAACAACCUGAAGGCGGCGGAGAUCCACGAGGAGCUGCAGCGUUUGGCCUCCAGGGAUCACAGCGAGUGCGACUGCUGCUUGGUUGUCAUCUUAUCCCACGGCUGUGAGAUCAGACACACGCGCUUCCCAGGCGGGGUGUACGGGGCGGACGGGGUGUGGAUCCCUGUGGAGCGGAUCGUCCAUUACUUCAAUGGCUCCAACUGCCCCGGUCUGCGAGGAAAACCAAAGCUGUUCUUCAUCCAGGCCUGUAUAGGAGACGAGCAGGACAGAGGUUUUGCUGUAGAUUUGGGCGACUCAGGAGAUCAACCGAACAAACCUGAGACAAACUCCUUGCAAAGUGACGCAACCGCCGUCCGUCCAGACUCAGAGGACACGACUGACGCGGUGGCCAUACUGCCUACGCCCGGUGACAUCCUGGUGUCAUAUUCUACCUUUCCAGGUUUUGUAUCUUGGAGGGAGACGUUGAGUGGUUCUUGGUAUGUGGACACUCUGGACGAUGUUCUGGAUCAGUUCGCCCGGACUCUGGAUCUGCAGACUAUGCUGGUGAUGGUCGCCGACCGAGUCUCGGCCAAAGGAACCUACAAGCAGAUGCCGGGCGUCUUCAACUUCCUCCGGAAGAGAUUUUUCUUCAAAACAGACUGAUCUGUCUCAGCGGCGCCCCCAGUGGUCGGUUCUGUCUGCAGAAAGAGGGAAGACUCCUGUACCUUCCUUCUCGCCUUCCUUAGGAAUCGGGGGUUUUAUGUUCCACUUUAUAAGAAGACGAUCGGGAUCGGGCCCCUGCUCCACUGAACCGUUCACACUUAGGUUUUAUAUUUUUUUAAACAAAAAUAAAUAAACAACAUUUUGAAAAA